AUGGAGAGAAAAGUACUAGCACUCCAGGCAAGGAAGAAGAGGGCGAAGGCAAAAAAGACGACCAAAAAGCAGCCAGCCAAUCCUAGAGCCCGUCAGCCGCCGCAGCAUGAGACUACACCUCCUGAGCCUGAGGAGCCUGAAGAAAUCCUGGGAUCUGACGAUGAGGAGCAGGAAGAUCCCAAUGACUACUGCAAAGGUGGCUACCACCAUGUGAAAGUUGGAGACCUGUACAACGGAAAAUAUCAUGUUAUUCGUAAAUUGGGCUGGGGUCAUUUCUCCACUGUUUGGCUGGCCUGGGACAUCCAGGUGAAGAGGUUUGUGGCCAUGAAAGUUGUAAAGAGUGCUGAGCAAUAUACAGAAACAGCAGUUGAUGAGAUCAAACUACUCAGAUCUGUGAGAAACUCUGAUCCUGAUGAUCCAAACCGGGACAAAGUUGUGCAGUUGCUUGAUGAUUUCAAGAUCUCCGGUGUUAAUGGAACUCACGUUUGCAUGGUCUUCGAGGUUUUGGGACAUCAUUUGUUGAAGUGGAUAAUAAAGUCUAAUUAUCAAGGGUUGCCACUGCCCUGUGUGAAGAGUAUCAUCCGACAGGUUCUACAAGGCUUAGACUACCUGCACUCAAAGUGCCAGAUCAUUCACACAGACAUAAAACCAGAGAACAUCCUCAUGAACGUGGAUGAGCCAUAUGUGCGGAAACUGGCUGCAGAAGCCACAGAGUGGCAGAGGUCUGGUGCCCCUCCUCCAUCUGGAUCAGCAAUAAGCACAGCACCUGCACCAAAACAGGCUGUAAAAAUGUCAAAAAAUAAGAAAAAAAAGUUGAAAAAGAAACAGAAGAAGAAAGCAGAACUGCUGGAGAAGUGCAUUAUGGACCUUGAGGAGAUGGAGAAGGCCACUGGACCACAGGAGGAGGAGGAUUAUGAGUCUGAGGAUCCACAGUCCCCCAAAGGCAGAGUGUGUGCCCCUUUAAGACAGCUAUCAUUUCAGGAAAUUGGAGCGGAAGAAGAAGAGGGUGAAUUUGGAGUCAACGCAGACCAACUGAGCCUGGGACCAGACGAGCGGCAAGAGGUGAACUGUAACGGCCACGCAGAGCUGCAGCGGAGCCUCUGGAGGAGUGAGGAUCAGCACAACGGGAACACACCGCUCACAGAGAAGUGCAGCAGUGAGGACGAGGAGCAGAACAAGUCCUCGCUCUGUAAUGGGGUAGACUGUCCCGACCUGAAGGAGCUGGACUUACACUGUGAAAGCCCCAGGGCCACCAGAGAGGAGGAUUCCCACAGAACCCCCUCUGAGGGGCUGGAAGAGGGACCACUGGAGCACAGCAAUGGCCAUGCGCCUGAAGAGGGCUGCCGGCUCUACAGGACUCAAGAAAGUGUCAACGAUGGGAAGCUGUCAGCAGGGUCCCUGCUGGUUAACCCUCUUGAGCCACUCAACGCAGACAAGAUCAGAGUAAAGAUUGCGGACUUGGGAAACGCCUGCUGGGUGAACAAGCACUUUACAGAAGACAUUCAAACACGGCAGUACCGGUCGUUAGAGGUUCUUAUCGGAGCUGGAUAUAGCACACCAGCCGAUAUUUGGAGCACAGCCUGCAUGGCAUUUGAACUCGCCACAGGAGAUUAUCUGUUUGAACCACGGUCUGGGGAAGAUUAUUCUCGUGAUGAAGACCACCUUGCGCUCAUGAUAGAGUUGCUGGGUAAAAUCCCUCGUCACUAUGCUCUGACCGGGAAAUACUCACAGGAAUACUUCAACAAGAGAGGUGAUUUGAAACACAUCACAAAGCUGAAGCCAUGGGGUUUGCUGGAAGUGUUGGUGGACAAAUACGAGUGGGCACGAGAGGAGGCUGAGUGCUUCACCGACUUCCUGCUGCCCAUGUUGGAGCUGAUCCCUGAGAAAAGAGCCACUGCAGCUGAGUGCCUGCGCCACCCCUGGCUCGCCCUCUAG